UGAAAAGCACUGGAACCGGAGCUGCUUAGAGGAAAAAGGGUCAUAAUUACUCAUAAAAUACACUUAAGGAUAUGCUAUUUGAUAUAUUUGACAAUACAGCGAUACACGUAUAGAAACUAAACAUGUCUGCUGCAGCAGUAGAAGAUGCUAUUCGCACAAGAGCACUAACUCAGCGCAUCAGGGUCUCAGAAUUUUUCCCUGACUUUGAUAGACUACGGUCAGGAUGUAUGACAAGCACGCAGUUCUUUAGAACUCUGUAUCAAACAUUCGGCAUCAAACUAAACCCAGAAGAGGAGAGAGCAAUACUCAACAAAUAUGACAUCAGGAAUAAUGGUACCAUCUGCUAUAAGAAAUUCCUGGAUGAGAUUGACAAACACUUUAAUGCUAAUGAUGUCAACAAUGAUCCAAGAACACAGAAGGUUGCUGCAAAGGAGUUCCUUGGUACUGAAAGGUCUGUACGCCCCCUGUCUGCUGGAUCUGAGAAACAAAUUGAUGAACUCUUGGCCCGAAUGAUUAAGUAUUACAGCUACCAUGGCAUUAACUUAAGGACCUGUUAUGAAUCAUUUGAUCGUCAUCACAAGGGAACAAUCACUGAGAGCCAGUUCUACCGCAGUUUCCCAGGACCACCUGACGUCUCCACCCAUGAAAUGACUCUGCUGGUGAUGAAAUACAGAGACCCAGAAAACUUUGGUUUGUUGAACUACCUGAAUUUGCACCAUGACUUGGUGGCUAUGAUGGAAAAGAGGAGCAGGCCAUUAUCUACCAUCCGGCAGCUGGAAAACAUCUCAAACUACAUGCCAACUUCAGCUGGUGGCAAUGAUGACAUGCAGACCAUCCUCAACAAAAUCAAAGUUGCUUGUUUCAAGAAUGGUAUCCGAACCCACGAAUACUUCAAGGACCACGACAAGCUUAGGCAUGGAGAGAUCACCGAAAAUCAGUUCAUCUGUGGUCUCAGUCUUGCUGCUGGGAAAGAGGCACAGCUUAGCAGGGCCGAAAUCCAGAAGACAUGCGAGUACUACAAAACAUCCACCGGACGCGUCAAUUACAAAGAGUUCUGUGAUGCAAUGGAGAAUGCUUUCAAUACGCCUGAUCUUGUGAAAAAGCCAACCCAGACUGCUGAGAGGCCACCCCGAGGUGCCCUCUCCAGAGGCCUGAAUAAUCUUACUUCAGAGGAGAAGAAACGCUGUGAAGCUGUGUUGGAAACUCUGUCCUCGGAAGUGCGAAAGAGGAGGCUGAUGAUUCAUAAUUACUUCCGCGAUUAUGACAGGGGUUGCGGAUACACAAGGCUCGUCACAAAAUCCCAGUUCAGAAGGAUCCUCCACUUCUUUUCCCUGAAUGUCAAUUCAGAAGACUUCAAAGUUCUGGCAAAGAUGUUUGAGGAAGAAAAAACCAAGGACAUCAACUAUCCGGCUUUUGUCCAAGCAAUUGAUUCAGAGUUCACUGGUUUCAUUAUCGAUGAGCCAGUCCCUGAGAAACGUGUGAACGCCACCUGUUCGCCUCUUCCUGAUCGAUUUGAUACAAGUGUCAUGGCGGGGAAGUCUGAAGUCUCUUUUGAUGAUCUGAUGGCCCGCAUCAAGCAUAUCGUCUUAACCAAUAGGACCAGGUCACGAGAAUUCUUCGAGGACUUUGAUCCCCUCAGGACUGGCUCAAUCAGCAAAGACCGCUUCAGGCGUAGUCUGGCCUCCCUCGGCCUGAACAAGCUCCAGAACCAUGACCUCACUGAUGGACAGUUUGCCAUGCUCUGUGAAAACUAUCAGGACCCGAAAAAGAGGGAUCAUGUUUGUUAUAAGCAAUUCACUAAUGAUUUGGACGAAGUGUUCACUCAAUCAAACCUUGAGAAGACCCCUACCCACAGAGUGGUGCCCCAGGAGACCUUCCUGGUUCCCAAGCCAGGUACGGUUGACUUCAACAACGCAUCAGAUGACCACAGGACAGUCUAUGACAAUGCCAUGAAUCGAUUAACCAAGAGGGUCAACCAAAGAAGAGUGUUACUGAAGCCAGUGUUCCAGGAUUUUGACAAGCACAAUAACCAGUACGUGACUCGACCACAAUUCCGGCAAUGUCUGACCAUGCUGGAGUUGAACUGCUCUGAGGCUGAGGUGGCAGCAAUUGAAGCCAAGUUCUGUGACGACAUGGGAUUCAACUACAAGCGAUUCCAGCAAGAGAUUCAGCCUGAAGAGCAGGAGAACCGAAAGUAUCUGGAGAGACUUGAAGACCUAAGGAAGUUGCACCAGAGGAAGAAGCUCCCAGAGCGAGGCCCAUGUACUGACCUCGAGGGGGUGCUCACAAAGAUUAAAACAAAGGUGUACAAAGAAAGGAUCAGGGUCCUUGACUUCCUGAAAGUUUACGACAAGCUAAACCAUGGCCGGAUGAAGAAGAGUGCAUUUGCCUGUGCUCUCGAUCUGGCAAGACUUGAGUUGACAGAAUCGGAAAUCUGCAUUCUGGAAGACAAGUACCAAGAUCCUCGUUACCAUGACGAAAUUGAUUACAGAGCAUUCUCUGAUGAAAUCGAGUCAGUUUUCACCAAGAAGAAUUUGGAGAAGAGCCCAUUGAUUUCGCCGGUGCAGUUCAAGCCACCAGUCGAAUGGGAACAGAACCAUCUUGACCCUGAAACAGAGGCCUGUCUCAACAGGUGUAUCGAAAGAGUUGCUGAAAAGGUUGGAAAGACCAGGAUGCAGUUGUUUCCUCUCUUUGAAGACUAUGACAGGGUCCACAAUGGAACCGUCUCGCGAUCACAAUUUCGCAGAGUCCUGAGUGAGCUGGCCCUUGGAAGCCUCGUCAAUGACCAAGAGCUGAAGACGCUGUACGAUAAGUUUGAUGUGAAAAUUGGUGGACAAGAUGACGUCAACUACAUUGCGUUCUGUUCUAUGAUUUAUGAGCGAGCCAACAUUUCACUUUGUAAACCAUAGACAUUAAAAACAAGAACUUUAUCUAGGUGACAAUUAUAUUGUCGAAGCCAAAUCCAUAUCACCUUCAUUAUGCAAAAAAAUACUGUGAUAUUUAUAUAUAAUGUUACAUAAAGUUAGCAAAAUAUUUUGAAAAGUUUAAAUAUGAUUGUUGCAUAAUUUUUGUGUUACUGUAUUAUUCCUUCCAAAUGGCGUAUAGUCUGAUAUUUUCCAAGGCAGGUUUUUUGCCAAGGGGCAUAGCUCCUACUUUUGUAUUUGACAGAAUCAAGCAAUUCCAUCCUCAAGACAUAAUGUACCCGGGUAGACUUGUCAGUUCAUAUGAAUGAGUUUGUCUAACCAUCUUGCCCUAUGAAAAUCUAUGCAUUUUACUACCAACAAGUCAUUACAAGAAUAUAGAAGUGUUUUUUAAGGCAUUUCAACUUGUCAGUUUUGGUACCGGUACUUAAUGUCAGUAUUUGAUAAUCAUAAGUUGUUGUAUACAAUCAGUGUGUUUGUAGUCAAGCAGUCAGUUAAGUCAGUGUGUCACAUAGUCCAAUGAUAGUCAUUUUAUGUGUUUUAUAGUCCAUGUCUGUCAUGAAAGUGUACAAAGUACCUGUUAGUUUUACAAAGGAAGAAACUUUUAGUUACUACAUUUAUCGGACCAUUGAUAUUUCUUCAUAAGAAUUUUUUGAAAGUAUAAGCAGUGAUUAAGCAAGCCCACUUGUGGAAAACAUUUGCUCAAAAUGUCUACUAUGCAGAUUGUUACUGGUUGUGAACAUAUAUUUACUGAGUCGUUCAAACAUUUGCUAUAUUUUUGAAGUAAUUUGUUUUAUGUUAUAUCACUUCCCUUACCACAGACCAAGUCCUGAUCACAAAUUCAGAUACGUGUAUCAAUCCAUUCAGUUAAGGAGGUGAAUAUAGGAUACUUAAACAUUGUGUUCUACCACAUUUUGUAAUAAUAUAUCGUAUUAUAUUGUAUUAUUCUUCACAGGCAGGUUUGCUCACCCAGCUAGUCACUUCAGUAUUAUACAAUCACUCUCCGAGUCUGACACAAUAUUUGUACCUUGCUGCUGAUCACUUUAAUAUUGACAUUUAACUUUACCCCUGUGGUAUUUUCUGAGACCAUGGUAAUACUAUUAGUGUUGUCAGCAUAAUAUGAUUACUCGUUAGUCUUUAUUUUUGUUUACAAAUUUUGAACAGUGUGUGUUUUUCACUGUUACAUAUGCAAAAAUAAUUCCAUUCCAAAAGUGUGAAAUAUUCUUUCAACACCAGUCAAUUCAACUGCUGAAGCCAUGUCAACAUGUUGCUCCUAUGCAUAAUCCUAACCACAGUGUACCACUUUAGGUAUGUG